CUGGGAAUCAAGAAGCAAACGAAUGAUACUUGAAGAUCCCAAGAAGUGAGCGGGUCUUUUUCAGAGUUACUCUUGCUAGACUGCCAGACAAAGCCCUCCGCCUAAGGAUGAUGGGACCUGAUUUCUCAUAGGCAAUUGCAGUGGAAAGGUUGAGUGAUGCAGCAUAUACUUUCUCAAGCAAUGGAGCUACAACCUUUCCCAGGGCUGGCUUUGAACACCUAGCUUCGGCAGACACACGUGCCCGUAUCAUCCAUGGGGACCAAUCUACUGUCGUAGCAACAAGACAAGGGAAGCGAAAGCUACCAUGGCCGGCCAUGUAGAGACCAUGAAGGUUUCAAUUCUGCUGAUGAGCGGUGAAGUCAUAGUGAUCGAUGUGAUGCCGGACAUCGAAAUCAGCAACUUUAAGAGUCAGCUGAAAGCAUUACAGCCCGAAGAAGACCAAGUCAGCAAGGUGACGACGGUGGAAUUGAUCAUUGAUGGGCAAAAAGUGGACGAUAAAAACAAAAUCUUAAGGGAGACAGGAAUCUCUCCGUCUUCUCAAGUGCACGUUAUGUUUCUCAGCCACAUGGUGGAGUGCUACAGCAAAGCAACAUCGGGCUGCAAUGUCACAAACCUCUAUGCAGUGAGCAUCCCCGACACAGCGACUGGCAUUGAGGAUUUCGCCUUCAAAGGCUGUGUGCAUUUGGCCAAUGUGACAAUUCCGAGCUCAGUGACGAUCAUAGGUAAACAUGCUUUCUCAGGGUGUGCUUUAACGAGCUUAAGAAUCCCAAACUCUGUAAUCUCCAUCCAGGACUUUGCCUUCACGCAGUGCACUGCCCUGUCAAAUGUGAUCAUUCCCAGCUCUGUGGCUUCCAUUGGCAAAUCAGUUUUUCUGUGGUUGCAACUCUUUGGGCAGCUUGUCAAUCUCUGGUUCCAUGACUCGUAUCGAAGACGGCUGCUUUUCAGGUUGUUGCGCAUUGGCAGAAUUGAUAAUCCCUGACUCCGUAACUUCUAUUGAUGAUUCUGCCUUCUGGGGUUGUAGCUCUUUAGUUUCUCUAAGCAUUCCAAACUCUGUUACUCAUAUUGGGGAUUGGAGUUUUAUAGCUUGCAGAUCCUUGACCAGCCUGACGAUCCCAGACUCUGUGACGUUCAUCGGCAGAUCAGAGUUUCAAAACUGUAGCUCUUUAGCCAUCGUGAACAUCUCCAGCGCUGUUUCAUCCAUCAGCGAAAGCGCUUUUCAAUGCUGCAGUGCUCUGGUGGCUUUGACCAUUCCCAACACAGUAACUUCUAUUGAGGACUUUGCUUUCUCUGAAUGUAGCUCUUUGUCCAGCCUGAUGCUCCCCGACUCUCUGACUUUCAUUGGGGCAGAUGCAUUUCGAGGAUUCCCGAGUCUAUGACUUCAAUUAUUUCAGGUGCCUUUCGAAACUGCAAGGCUUUGUCCAGUUUGACACUUCCAGAGUCUGUGGAGUUCAUUGGUGAUUGCUCUUUCCAAAAUUGCAGCUCAUUGGUCAGCUUGACAAUCCCUGAUUCUGUGACUUCCAUCGGCCAAUAUGCAUUUCAAGGCUGCAGUUUGUUGAGAACACUGUGGUUUGUCCCCGAAACCGAGCUCGUUUCUAUUGGGAAGUUUGCCUUUGAGGGCUGCACUUCAUUGGCCAAUGUUACCGUGCCUGACUCUCUCACCCCUUUUGUUGCCUUCGCAGAAAA